AUGCAGCAGACUGUCCCUCAACCUGCCCCAGGGCGGCUGUGGCUGCAGCAGACUGUCCCUCAGCCUGCCCCAAGGCGGCUGUGGCUGCAGCAGACUGUCCCUCAGCCUGCUCUAAGGCGGCUGUGGCUGCGGGAGACUCACAUAGGCGCUGACGUCACACUCGUUCCCACCGGAAGUUGCCCAGUACACCGGAAGUGUAUCAGCCCACAUCGUUCGCACAUUUGUAGCAGCAAAAUGUCAAAGAGAAAAGUGACAUUUGAUGACGGUGGCGGAGAGUUCGAUCUAGAAGACGAGCUGCCCACAAAGAAGCAGAGUGUGGAGCCUCUGACAGGCGCUGGCUCCAGGUUCAAAGGGAAACACUCCCUGGACAGUGAUGAAGAGGAGGAGGCCGAAGACUCCAGCAGCAAAUAUGAAAUUCUGGCCGACGACGACGUGGAAGGUCAGGAGAAUGCCACCAUAGACUUUGACGAGGGUGUGUCCAUCACCCCCUUUAACCUGAAGGAGGAAAUGGAGGAGGGACACUUCGACUCCGAGGGGAACUACUUUGUCAAGAAGGAGGCGCAGAUACGGGACAACUGGCUGGACAACAUCGACUGGGUGCGGGUGAAAGAGCAGCCCUUUAAGAAGAAGAAGAAGGGUCUGGGAGCGAAACGCAAACGACGAGUGGGCGACGAAGAUGAGGCUGAAGAGGAGAGGAAGAGGGAGGCUGAACGAGGAGCGAGCGAGGAAGAGGAGGAGGAGGAGAGAGAGGAGGUGCAGGAGGAGGACCCUCUGGCCUCACUGUCGCGGACACAACUGACCGAGAGUCUGCUCCAUCUGCUCAAGCCUGGAGAGACUGUGGCUGCAGGCAUCAGAAGACUCGGGGGUCUAAAGAGGAGUAAGAAGAAGCUUGCCUCAGACUCAGAGGAGUCAACCCAAAGAGACACAGACAAACUGGACCAACUGACGGCUCUGGCAGACCGCCUGGUGGGAGCAGGAGACUUCGAGAUCUACCAGCAGACCUUUGAGAAGCUGACCUACAGGUUAAAGCGCUCAGGGGUGAAGAGGAAAGCUGAGCCAGGAGACGAAGAGGACGACGAGCUCGACAUGUUCGGAGAGAAGUUUGAUGAGAAACUGGACACGAAGACGGAGGAGGAUGAAGACGAGACCAAAGUUAGUGGGGAGGUGCAGUGGGAGUACCGCUGGGAAAACCAGGACGAAGCAGAGGUCUUUGGUCCGUUCAGCAGUCAGCAGAUGCAGGGUUGGGUGGAUGAAGGUUACUUCUCCUCUGGAGUCUACUGCCGCCGUUUGGACCAGGAGGGAUCCCAGUUCUAUAACUCCAAAAGGCUGGACUUUGAUCUCUUCACGUGA